AGUGAAUAACUAUCAAGAAUAGUGUAUAGUGUAUACACAAUACACCCUUCCUCAAGAUGAAUGGCAUCUAGUGCUAAUUUAACCCACGCCAUAUACUCAUUCGUUAGAUCACCCACAUCCACAAACCCUUCUAUUUUGCCUGCUCAUCUUUACACGGUUAUGACUUGAUGAAUAUGCAUGGAGUUCCCCAACCUUUAUCCCCAAAUCUCAAGCCCUUGAAUUCCAGUUCUUCCCAUAUCCCCUUUUCCUUCCAAAAUCAACCAACUUUUUCCGUACCCAUUUGCAGAUUUGGCUAUGGCGGUCGUCUCAAUUGUAACUUUCUUAUUCGCGCUUCGUUUCCCUGCUCACCCAUCUACCGGAAUUUGGAUGGAAGGAGAAGAAGAAUAGGACGAAAUUACUCUAAAACCCUUGUCAAAGCCAGUAGUAGAGAGUCUCCUUAUCAAGUUUUGGGUGUCUCUCCCUCUGCUACUCCUGAUGAGAUCAAAAAGGCUUAUAGGAAACUUGCUUUGAAGUAUCAUCCUGAUGUAAACAAAGAGCCCAAUGCUCAAGAGAAAUUUAUGAGAAUAAAGCAUGCAUACAAUACAGUACUCAACUCUGAUUCAAGAAGGAAGUAUGACUCUGGAAAUCGUACAUCUGAAGCAUACAAGCCUGCUCAAGAUGAAGAGUUUUAUGGUUUUGGUAAUUUUGUGAGGGAUGUUCAAAUAUCAUUAGGGGACUUCCUUAGAGAUCUGCAAGAAGAAUAUAAGAACUGGGAAGCAAGUGCUCCUUCUGGAGCAAAGCCCAAGAGCUUAUGGGAGGAAUUAGGGGAAAUUGGGGAAGAAUUUGUUGAGUUUCUUGAAAAGGAGCUGAACAUUACAGACAGUGAAGAUGAAACACAAAGAAGAUAUGAAGAACCUGCAACUUCUGUCGCACAAGGGUUUGGUAAAAGUAGUUGUAAGCUUCUGAAAAUUGUAAAACUACACGACAACAAACCCCGAGAAAUCCCAUUUAUGAAUGUCGAUUGUAUGCCUUGGAAAGCAAGUGUGUCGUUGUCACAUAGAUGA